AUGAAUGAGGUAUAAAUAGAAAAGAAUUAUUUAGAAUCUCAACUUUCAAAAGUUAUUGAAUAACCAUUUAAAUCCUACUAUGGACAAUCUUUAAGUAAUCUAUUCGAAAUUACAACAAUUAUAAUAUUUUAAUUCCUUCAUUGAGAAAAAUCUUAAGGGAACUUAAAGAGAGAGUCUGUUAUAUGUAUAAUUCUUUGAAAUCAUAGUUAUGUGGUAAAUUCAAAAUGGAGCACUUUAAAGGAGGGGAGGUCAUCUUUAAAGAAGGAGAUAAGUCAAAUGAUAAGUUAUAUAUAAUAUUUAAUGGUAAAGUGGCUUUAAUAAAGCAAAGGCCAUAAUAAUAACAGAUAAUAUCACAAAACAUUGAUAAGCCUCCUGAAAAUCAUAAAUAAUUGUAAUUAUAAUAAACUUUAUCCAUCAAACCUGUGCCUUUGAAAACAGAGUAAUAUAUUGGAAUUAUGAAUUUUACAUUAGAAAGACCCAAAGCAAAAUAACAACCUUAACAUCAGGAACAAAUUUCUUUAAAUAAAUUGCCUUUUCAAAGAAGUUUGCUGAUAAAAUGAAGGCAAAUAUAGUUUAAGGAUAAACAAAUGAGAAAGUCUAAAUAACAUAAUAAGAAAUUUAGGAAAUGAGUGAUAAAUUUGGUGAAACUGUUAGAAUAUUAAAAAGAGGGGACGGUUUUGGAGAUAGAGCUUUAAUUGAGAAUGUUCCGAGAGCAUUGACUGCAUGUGCAUUUACUGAAGAUUUGUUCUUAUUAAUUUUAAAAAAAGACGACUUCGAUUUAAUUAGAUAAUAAUUUAUAUAAUAGAUGAAAGAGAAAAAAAGUUUAAUUUUUACUAAAUUCCCUGUUUAAGGAGAUUAUUCAUCAAAAUAAUUAGAAUAAUUAGCAUAUAGUUUUGAUGUGGAAUAAUUUUAAAAGAAUUGUGUAAUAACUAGAGAUGGACAACAUAAGAAAUCCUUUUAUUUGAUUCAAUUUGGAGAUAUCUUAUUAGAAAAAGUAAUAAAUGAUUAAAUGGUAAAGAUAUGCAUUUUAAGUAAAAUCUUAAAUAAUUUGAGCAGCAAAGGGUUAGUUAUUGGGUGAAGAAAUAGCUAUGAAUGAAGAUGGCUGUUGUGAAUAUAAUGCUAUUGUUUUAUCUAAUGAAGCUACUUUAAUGGUCAUACAUAAAUUAGAAUUUUUAUAAAAGUUCCCUGAAGAAUGUAAAUAAUGGGUGAAAUAAGAAUACUUAAGGAAAACUAAAUUUAGAACUAUGUUCUAAACUUCUAAUCUCAUUAGUGUAAAUAAAAUUAAUUAACCUAAAUUUACAGCUGUUAAGUAAUAUAUUGAAGUUAAAUACAAUCCAAAAAAAAUUAGAAGUAAAGAAAGAGAAGAUAAAAUGGAGAUAGGUACAAUAGUUGAAGAAAAAAACUUUAUUUACUAAUUAAAAUAUCAAAGUAAUCCGGAAAAAGAUGCAGGAUCAGCUUUGUUUGGAAAUGAUUUAUAUUAAAGUCCUAAGCUUGGAUUUACUCCUAAAUAUGAACAUCCUAAUAAUAUAGCAAUUACAUCUUUUAAAUAAUAAUAUCUUUAUAAAUUGUGUAAAAAAAAAAGAACGCAUUUAUUUUUGAGUACUCCUCCUCUAACUGCUAGAACUAUAAUAAAUUAUUAAACAAUAAAUUCAGAUCGUUAAAGUAAACAUAAACACACUUUUUCUACAGGAAUUUAUUCCAAUACUCCUGGUCCAUCACUCUCUCCAAUUAAUAUGAAUAGUAGAGAAAUUAUGUGA